AUGUCCUGGUGUGUGUGUGUGUGUGUGUGUGUGUCCUCAGGCGACUGCUGGCUGCUGGCGGCCAUCGCCUCGCUGACCCUGAACGAAAACCUCCUCCACCGAGUGGUUCCUCACGGACAGGGCUUCCAGCAGGGAUACGCCGGCAUCUUCCACUUCCAGUUCUGGCAGUUUGGCGAGUGGGUGGAGGUGGUGAUCGAUGACCGGCUGCCGGUGAAGGAUGGCAAGCUGCUGUUUGUCCACUCGGCAGAGGGGACCGAGUUCUGGAGCGCACUGCUGGAAAAGGCCUACGCAAAGUUGAACGGCUGUUAUGAGUCUCUGUCAGGGGGCAGUACGUCCGAGGGCUUUGAGGACUUCACGGGCGGCGUGACGGAGAUGUUCGAUCUGAGUAAAGCCCCCUCCGACCUCUACAGCAUCAUCAGCAGGGCCAUAGAACGAGGGUCGCUGCUGGGCUGCUCCAUAGACGUCAGUACUGCAACUUUCAUGCUUCGGCUUUGAAGUUAUUUCCAGCCUUAUAUUUACCAUAUAUACAUGAGAGUGGUAUCAAUCUUAUUCAGGCAAAUAAGCAUUUACUCAAAACUACUCCUUUAACUCGUUUGCGAUUGACAGUUCAAAAAGGACAGUUGUAUUUCAUACGAUGAAAUGCCCUUAUCUAAGUUUGUAUUAGAUUUAAGCAACCUUUUUCUUAGUGCUCCUUAUUGAAAUGUCCCCAUUUUCCUAACUUCCACUCACUUUUCUCUUUUUUUAAAAUUAGACUCAAAGUUAUAUGAUACAGUACUGGAGUUAUCAGUUAAAUCAAUUCAUUAAACAACACAUUUCAAGUAGUAAAAGUACCAAAAAGGUGAUUCUUUAAUGUGAAGAUUUUUCCUGCUUUUUCUGUUUGGAUCAUCUUAUCUCUUAUUCAGAAUCAGAAUCAGAAUACCUGUAUUAGUCCCACAGAGGGGAAAUGU